GCCUCCCUUCCUCCCCCUUCUAGCGCCUAGCGCCUCCCGCUGUCCGCCUGUGGCCUCCGGGCUCGGGGCGGGGCGCGUCGUGGGGAGCUCCAGAGACAGCUGUGUUGGGCUGGGGAAGAGGCUGUGCGGCACCGCGCCCGCUCUAGCUCGGCCAUGGAGCGCUUCUUGCUGGGUUGCCGAGCCGCCGUUCAGGAGUCCCGACCUCUGCAUAUUGUAUUGGGAAAUGAAGCCUGUGAUUUGGAUUCUAUGGUGUCUGCUCUUGCCUUGGCCUACUACCUGGAAAGUACAUCUGAGUCCAAGGCAGCCUUUGUGCCAGUUUUAAAUAUCCCACGCUCUGAGCUAGCCUUGAGAGGUGAUAGUGUCUUUAUGCUUUCGGAAUUUAACAUCCCAGAAUCUUCCUUGAUUUUCCGAGAUGAAAUUGAUCUUCAUGCUUUGCACCAGACUGGAAAACUUACCCUUUCUCUUGUUGACCACCAUGUCCUCCCAAGCAGUGACGCAGCUCUAGAGAAUGCUGUAACAGAGGUGUUGGACCACCGGCCUCUGGAGCAUCAGUACUCCCCUCCAUGCAAUGUAACAGCAGAGCUGGUGGGGUCCUGUGCCACUCUGGUAGCUGAGAGAAUCCUUCAGGGGAAGCCAGAAAUCUUGGACUGGCAAACUGCAGCACUUCUGCAUGGGACCAUAAUCUUGGAUUGUGUUAACAUGGCCCCUGAAGCUGGCAAGGUUACUCCAAAAGAUUCCAAGUAUGUGGCACAGCUAGAAGCCCAAUUUCCAGACCUACCUAAUAGGAGCAACAUCUUUGAGUCCCUGCAGAAAGCAAAGUUUGAUGUAUCAGGGCUGACUACAGAGCAGAUGCUGAGAAAGGAUUUGAAGACAAUCUCUGGGGAUGGUACCAUGCUGGCCAUUAGUGCAAUAUACAUGGAUUUGGAGGUCUUCCUUCAGAGAUCCAACCUUACAGCAGAGCUGGAUGCCUUCUGCCGAGCUCAUGGCUAUGAUGCCCUUGUUGCGAUGACGAUCACUUUCAACCCUCAUAAUGAGCCAGUGAGGCAUCUGGUUGUUUUCUGUCCUAGCAUGGACCUGCAGAGUACUAUCUGUGGAGCCUUGGAAUGUUCACACUGUCCACCUCUGAAUCUGACUCCAGCCCCAACUCCCAACCCUAAUCUCAGGGCCUAUUUCCAGGGAAAUGUUCUUGCUUCCAGGAAAAAAGUUCUCCCCAUCCUCAGAGAUGCCCUAUGGGCAUAUCCUAGUGCCAUGAAGACACCUUCAGGGACGCCUGGGCCAGAAGCCCAGGAGCAGAUGGAUGAUGAACUGGACAAAGCCAUUAAUACCCUGAUUCCUGAAAUGAGUCGAGAUGAAGAGGAACCUGUGCUGCCCCCCACACCCAUGAACAGCCUAGUAGAUGAGUGCCCUCUGGAUCGGGGAUUACCUAAACUCUCUGCUGAAGCUAUCUUUGAGAAAUGUAGCCAGAUCACAAUGGCACGUUCUUCUAUCAGUCCUCCCCAGAAGAAGAAGUGACCUAGGGGGUGGGAAUGGGGGAAGUUGCAGAACAUAAUGGGAGAAGGUACCCAGCCUAGCUUGAAUGCAUGAUUUGGAAUGUAUAGGGAAUUUCUGUGAUUCUCUUCAUUGCUCCAGGACCCAGGUACACUAUUCACAUAGAUGCGUAAGGAGAUGGAAGUGAAAGGAGAUCUAAUGGCUGUAGGGAUGGUUUUCUACCUUCCCCAUCAAUUUGCCACCAAUCAACAAUGUUCUUUAUUGAUUAAUUCUGGGAAAUCUGCACUGACCUCACUCUUUUACAACCCAGGGAUAUAGCAUCUCAGACAGAGACCUGUGAAAAGAUAGAUAUUAAGAGGAAGAAGAAAUAAAUGGUAUCAGGUGAACUCCAGCAAUGCUCUCAACCCCUAUCUGAACUAAGGCAGAGUAAUUCACAUGUAACUGAGGGACAAAUCUAUUUGUUCAGGAAGUAUUUGUGUAAUUUCAUGCUAGGUAGAACAGUGGGGCUUUGGAAACUGAAUUUUCAGUCUAGUUAUGAUACCUAGGAGCAUGAUUUUUCUUUCUGCCGCGAUUGAGAUGAUAGUAUUUAACUCAGAAGUUAAAUUUCCUUUUAACUGGUUCCAUAAAAUUGGCUGUGGACUUUCUCUGGCAUUGCAGAGCAUUGUACUCGAGGUUACAUAAUUAGUGACACUUUACUGAGCAGGUUACCAGGCUUUAGGGUUCUUCUGAUCCCCUUUUCCAGAGUGCCAGGGGUUCUUAAAGAUUAGCAUCUGUUCACACCUUUGAGAGGUAAUCAGUGAAUUAUUGUCACCUUUAAAAGACACUUUUUUCUCAACAGUAAAACUGAAGCAGUGGUUCAUCUCUUUGUGUGUCUAUCUCUCAUCUGUCUCUUGUUUCUCUCUUUCUUCCUUUGCCAUCAUUUUCUUUUAUGUUUCUUUGUCAGUAUUCUUCCCUCUUCAUUUAUAAGAACAGUUGAUGUUGUGGAAGAAUUGGACAUAAAGUCAGGAGGUUUGAUUUCUACUGACUUUGGGUUUUAUUUUUAUGGAUGCCCUUUGUAUUUACAUCUGAAUUUGUUUUUACAUUAAUGAAUAUAUCCCACCUCACUUUUCUACCCAGUGAACCAUCCCUUGUAACAAAAAGUUAGAAAAAAAGAAAACCCAGGUCUUGACUGUGGGUAUCAGUCAACCUUAUUGAAUGUCUGUUUCUUCCUAUGUAAAAUGAAAUAACAUUCAUUGAAUGAUCCCUAAGAUUUCCUCCAA